UGCAUCCUCACCAUGCUGGUCCUGCCCGUGUGGCUCCGCAGCAUCCAGACAAGACACUUGGAAGGGGGUUGACCGGAUGAACGGCUGAAUCGGCAAUAUCCAUGACAACAAUCCCUGAAGGACCACUCAAGACCCCUUGGCCGGUCUAGGUUCGCUUUGCUACGGCAUACCCCUCUAUCCUACUCUCAUCGACAUCGCUGGUCGAGAUCGCACCUCCAUUUCUGGCUCACAACACCACUACUCGCCAGUUGGCGGUCAAUCGCGACGACAGACCAAGCUUUCUUGGCACCCUCACAGCAAGGAACAAGCAAUGAGCCACUGGGCUCAUCAAGCCCACAAUGAUACCCAAACAAUGGCCCCAGCUACCAUGUUUCACCGUCUCCACAUCCAAACCCGACUAUGACGGCCACUUCCCACCCACGCACAUCACCAACCUCCACAUCCACGACCCCAGCAUCAUCCGGGUCAACAACAUCUACCACUCCUACGGCUCCGGCCCACAUAUCCCCAUCCACACAGCCCCCGAUCUCUCCGGCCCAUGGGCCAAAGCUGGCACCGUCCUAGACGGCCCCAGCAUCCUCCCCAAAGGCGACCUCAAAGCCCCUUGGGCCCCCACUACCCUCUUCCACUCGGGAACCUACUACUGCUUCUACGCAACCAGCAACGGCGGCUGCCGCAAUAGCGCCAUCGGAGUCGCAACCUCCUCUUCCCCCGGCCCAAACGACUGGACCGACCACGCGCCGCUCGCCCUUUCCGGCGCAGGUAAAAAGUCCACCCUGUACCCCUUCGACCGGGCCAACGCCAUUGACGUAAGCGUCAUCCUUGACCACACCACCAACCAAGGGUACAUGAACUUCGGCAGCUUCUGGACGGGUAUCUGGCAAGUCCCGUUACAGCCGGGGCUCCUGGAAACAGAUCCCCGGGGAGAAGAAGUUCGGCAUCUGGCCUUCGAACCAACAGUCGUGCAUCCGCCGGGAAAGAAAGCAGAUGGGAUUUGUGGAGAUUCGACAGGAAUGCAUCCCAUCGAGGGUGCGUUCAUAUCUUACCGCGAACCGUGGUAUUAUCUUUGGUUUAGUUGGGGAAAGUGUUGCCAUUUCGAUCGGGAGAAGUUGCCCAAGCCGGGGUUGGAAUACAGCAUCCGCCUCGGCCGCUCCUCCAGCCCAAGAGGCCCCUUCGUCGACAAACAAGGCCGAGAUCUCGUCAACGGCGGAGGAGAAAUCAUCUACGGCUCAAACGGAGAUGUCUAUGCCCCUGGUGGACAGGGCGUAUUGACUGAUGAUGGCGAGGAGGGAGUAGAUGUGCUUUAUUAUCAUUAUUUGAAUAAAUCGGUGAGCUUGGAGUUCAAGGAAGCCCGAAUGGGAUAUAAUUUUAUAAAGUACGUGGAUGGAUGGCCCGUUGUGAGAUGAUCAUAUUUUCACUGUCAUGAUCAUGGUCUUGGUCUUGGUCAUUACUAUCGUUAUAAUGAUCCCGAAGAUCACGAUACAAUAUCCAGGGAGAGUAUAGUAUAUAUUAUACUAGAGUGGGAAGGUGGGUUUAGAUGUAUAUAGUCAUUAUAGAGUAC